AUGUAUCGGACUGUGCUGCAGAACACAAUAAGCUCACAAGUGCUGGACAUCAUCAUGCUGGUUCAAACGAGAAGUUAUCAAGGAGCUGACACAGAAAAUUCAAUGAGGACGUUCAACUCGACACAGCUCUGGCUCCCCAACGCCUUCAAUACUCUCUCUGAUGGAAAAUCCCAGACGCGGGACCCACAAAAGAAAAUGCACUGGUUGGAGUUCAGCAAAUCAAUUGCCAAACAAAUGAAGUCUCAGCCUCCGUUCACAAUGUGUUUGCGAGUGAAGUUUUACCCACCGGACCCGGCUGCCCUCAAAGAGGAAAUCACCAGAUAUCUCGUCUUCCUGCAGGUGAAGAGGGACCUGUACCACGGACGCCUGUUGUGUAAGACAUCUGAUGCUGCACUGCUCGCUGCAUAUAUCUUACAAGCUGAGAUUGGGGACUAUGACCCUGGAAAACACCCAGAAGGCUACUGCUCCAAGUUCCAGUUCUUCCCAAAGCACUCAGAAAAGCUGGAGCGGCGCAUUGCUGAGAUCCACAAAACCGAGCUAAUAGGCCAAACUCCAGAAGUGUCUGAACUGAACUUCUUACGGAAAGCCCAAAUGUUGGAGACCUAUGGGGUGGACCCUCAUCCCUGCAAGGAUGUGUCUGGGAACCCAGCUUUUCUGGCUUUCACUCCGUUUGGAUUCACUGUGCUUCAAGGAAACCGAAGAAUUCACUUCCUCACGUGGGAUGAGGUUACCAAACUCAAGUUUGAAGCAAAGACGUUUCAUAUAUAUGCAAAUCAAAAUGAGGACAGAAAAAUAAUAUUGACUUACUUUGCACCUACACCUGAGGCCUGUAAACAUCUGUGGAAGUGUGGAGUAGAGAAUCAGGCUUUCUACAAGUUGGAGAAGUCCAGUCAAGUCCGCACUGUGUCAAGUAGUAAUGUUUUUUUUAAGGGUAGUCGUUUUAGAUACAGCGGGAAAGUUGCGAAAGAAGUCAUGGAACAAAGUGCCAAGAUAAAGCGGGAUCCUCCAGAGAUUCACAGGGCUGGGAUGGUCCCAAGUCGAAGCUGCCCAUCCAUCACCCACGGACCUCGACUCACCAGUGUGCCGAGAACCAGGCGGAGAGCCGUGCAUAUAUCCAUCAUGGAAGGCCUGGAGUCUCUCCGUGACAGUGCUCACUCCACCCCUGUGCGCUCUGUGUCUCACGGCGAAUCCUUCAUGUCGUCUCGGAGUCAGCUGGUGGAAGGAGGUGAGGCCAGUACAUCAGCCGUCAUCUCUGAUGAGACCUAUAGCCCCUCGAACAGUGUGCUGCCCACACCGGUUGCUGACCACGGGGCAGAGAUGCCUGCUGCUCGCCACCUCAAUGGCGCUCCCUGCAGUGUGGAUGAGGAGAAAGAUGCCGGAGGCUCAGAAUCCCAGGCCGCACAGGCCAGACCAGGCAAACGUGUACUUCAAGCAGGCAGCACAAAGACCACAGCCAGCAGUGAGGCUGAAGACCUGCACAAGUUCAUCCUGAGCGUCCUGCGGCUGUUCUUCGUCACCAUCGGCCUCCUCUUCGCUCUGUUGCUGCUGCUUCUCAUGCUCACAGAGUCAGACCUGGACAUCGCCUUCCUCAGAGACAUCCGCAAAACUCCUGAGUUUCAGCAAUUCCACAUUGAAUACUUUUGUCCCCUGCGCCGCUGGUUUUCUGGUGGUUGGGUAGCUUCCUCCUCAAGUAGAGAAAACUAA